UCUGGUGGGGGGGACGUGGCCACCGGGCGAGAGGCCAGCAGGGCCGGUGCCCUCUGUGCCGGGGUGAGGGACAGGGGCAGGCAGUAACCAACUUUUCUUCUGGCUGCUCGGCAGGGCCAGCGUGAGGCAAGGAUGGCUGCGGACGGGCUCUCCAGCAAGGCCCUGAAGGUGAAGCGGGAGUUGGGGGAGAACACGCCGCUGCUGUCAGAUGAGGAGCUGAUGGGGCUGUCGGUGCGGGAGCUCAACCACCACCUGCGGGGCCUCUCCAAGGAGGAGGUGGCGAGGCUGAAGCAGCGCCGGCGGACGCUGAAGAACCGGGGUUACGCUGCCAGCUGCCGGGUGAAGCGUGUCUGCCAGAAGGAAGAGCUGCAGAAGCAGAAGAUGGAGCUGGAGUGGGAGGUGGACAAGCUGGCCCGGGAGAAUGCUGCCAUGCGCCUGGAGCUCGACACCCUCCGGGGCAAGUACGAGGCCCUGCAGGGCUUUGCCCGCACUGUGGCUGCUCACGGCCCCCCUGCCAAGGUGGCCACAGCCAGCGUCAUCACCAUUGUCAAGUCCAGCACGAACCAGGCCGCCUAUUCCUAGUGUCGGCCUCUGUCCCCCGGCCGGGCACAGCCCCCCCGGGGUGCCUUCCCCCACAAAUCCCUUCCCGUACCUUCCCUGAUCUACUUCCCACUGGGACCUGUGCCUGAAAUCCUCCUUCUCCCAUCCCUUGACCUCCAGCUCCUCCACAUAGGAAGAGCUGCUGCAGCGUGGGCGCUGGGGCAGAGGACAGGACCCCAUGGGUGGCCCCUGAAGCCCCACAGCCCCUUCCCCUCUGGCCUCUCCCCCUGCUGCAGCCCCCUUGACCAGGCACCCCUCACCCUGGGGGGUGCAGGCUGGAGAGGGUGAGCCUGCACCGUGGGAAAGCAUCCCAUGUCUCCAAGCUGGCAGGAAAACACCGGGCACCUCUUUGUUUUUUGGGAAGGGUACAGGAGAGCUGAGUGUGGACCAGGCACUCCCAGGAGUGUGCGUCAGGGAGGAAAACAAGGAGAGAGGUUUUGUGGUGAGGGACAGAAAGAAGGGGUACAAUGGAGAGGGAGGUUGGCAUUGGCAACUUGGACCACAGCUGGAGUGGGGAGGGAGGCGGCAGCAUGGCUGGAGCCUCUGGGGAUGGAGAUGGCAAGGGAAGGUGGCAGGUCAGAGGGGGAGAGAAAGUGGCUGCGGGUUGGUGCCUGGUAAGGGUGAGCGGGAUGGGAAAGUACCAUGGGAGCCUGCAGUGCUGGGGGAGCCCAGAGGUGACGGUGAUGGAGGAGGACCCUCAGAUGUGGGAGAGCUGGGGGAUGUGAGCAGGUUGGGUAGGCCAGGCUGUCGCAUGCAAAGGGGAGAAGCAGUGGUGCUGUUUUAUCUUUCUCCAUCACGCACAUCCUUCACGCCUCUUCCUGCCUAUGGGACGCUCAGCCCGGCCGGGUGUUGCCGAAACACAGCAGCACCGGCAGGAAGGAAGUGGAGGCAGCUGGAGCAGAGAUAAACACUGUUUUGCUCAGUGCAGGCCGGCUUGUGCAGCCCCACCAAGUGCUCCCCACCGCCUACAAAGCUCAAGGAAAAGGUGCUCCUGGCCUCUGAAAGUG